ACACGUGUUGCUACGUCUGUUGUCAAAAAUGGGUGUGAACAUAUUGGUUCCGGAUUUGUGAAGAAGGUUCCAGAAGGAAUCAAGGAGUUGGAUCGAAGUAACAACUAACAAAGGCUUUUCUGAAGAUGAGUGUGGUUGGGAUAGAUAUCGGUUAUCAAUCAUGUUAUGUAGCCAUUGCUCGUCAUGGUGGUGUAGAGGUCAUUACUAAUGACUACAGUGAGAGGUCCUCCCCAUCUAUGGUUGGGUUUACCCCAAAGGAAAGAGUAAUGAGUACUUCAGCCAAAAAUCAGAGCAUUUCCAAUCUCAAGAAUACUAUUACUGGUUUUAAAGCACUUGUUGGUCGUUCUUUUUCUGAUCCUGUGUCACAAUCUGAAAUAGAAGGUCAGCCAUAUGAAGCUGAGCAAUUGCCUGGUGAUAAAAUUGGGAUAAAGGUAAAUUAUCUUGAUGAGGCUGUUGUACUCUCACCAGAGCAAAUUACUGCUGUUAUGUUAACUUAUCUGAAACAAAUUACUCAGAAGGCCCUUGAAAAACCAGUUUCUGAUUGUGUCAUAUCUGUGCCUUCUUAUUUUACUGAUAGUCAACGGAGAGCUGUACUUGAUGCUAGUUCAAUAAGUGGUCUUAAUUGUCUUAGAUUACUCAAUGAAACUACUGCAGUUGCUUUAGCUUAUGGUAUAUAUAAGCAAGAUUUGCCAGAGGAAAAAGAAAAAUCACGUAAUGUCGUUUUCAUUGAUAUGGGUCAUCAUGCACUGCAAGUUUCUGUAUGUGCUUUCAAUAAAGGAAAGUUAAAGGUUCUUUCAAAGGCUGCAGAUCACUUGCUUGGUGGUCGGGAUUUUGAUAAACGAUUACUGCAUCAUUUUGCUGAAGAAUUUAAGGUGAAAUAUAAGAUCGAUGCUUUGUCAAGAAUCAAACAAACAGCUCGACUAAGAAAUGAAUGUGAGAAGUUGCGAAAAUUAAUGAGUAGCAAUGCUACUCCUAUUCCUAUGAAUAUUGAGUGCUUUAUGGAUGAUAAGGAUGUGUCUUCAAAAAUGAAAAGGGAAGAGUUUGAAGAUUUAUGUAAAGAUUUACUUGAACGAGUUAAAGUACCAAUUUUAGAGGCUCUCCGGAAAUCAGGAUUAAAAAGAGAUGAUAUUUACGGAGUUGAAAUUGUUGGUGGUAUGACACGUGUACCUGCUAUCAGAAAGAUUAUCAGUGAUAUAUUUAAUAAAGAAUGUUCUACUACACUCAACCAAGAUGAAGCAGUUUGUAAAGGAUGUGCAUUACAAUGUGCAAUACUGUCGCCAACUUUUAAAGUCCGAGACUUUGCCAUACAAGAUACUCAGCCAUACCCUAUUCAGUUGCUGUGGGAAAUUAAUGGAGAACCAGGAGAUAUGACUGUGUUCUUGGAAGGAGAUUCCAUCUAUCAUUCGAAAGUUCUCACUUUUUACCGCAAAGAACCUUUUGUACUUCAAGUUAAAUACAAAGAUCAAAAAGCACUUCCUGUAUCUAAUUCUAAUAUUGGUAAAUUUUUAAUCAAGGGUGUUAAAGCAAAUGAAGAGGGAGAAUCAACAAAAGUCAAAGUUAAAGUUCGAUUAAGUAUUCAUGGAAUAUUCUUCAUUAAAUCAGCUACACUGAUUAUGAAACAGCAGGCUGAAGAAAUGGAGACAGGACAAAUCGAAGAAAUUCAAAAUGUGGAAUCUGACACUAAAGCUGAACCAAAAUCAGACACUCAAGCUUCUCCUGCAGAUAGUGAAACUCAGUCUUCCAAUUCUGAUGCAAGUCUUCAGUCACAGGAAAAACCCCAAGAUGAUGUUACUGACAAUGAUACUAUGGAUUCAACUGUCCCUCAACCAGAAGGUCCUAGUUCUACCUCUGAAAACGGUCAGCAAAAGUCAGAUGUAUCUACUGCUCAGACAGAGAAAUCACCAGCAACAAAGAAAGCAAAGCAAACAUACAAGCAUGUUGACCUACCAGUUGAUGAAACAACUUAUUCACUGUCUAAGAAGGUAUUAGAAGAAGCUUUUGAAAAAGAGGUAGCAAUGAUACAGUCUGAUAAACUAGAAGCUGAGAAGGCUGAUGCUAAGAACUCUGUGGAGGAAUAUGUGUAUGACAUGAGAGAUAAAUUGGAGGGACCCCUGUCUCAAUUUGUCAAUGAAGAGGAUAAGACAAAAUUGAUGUCACUAUUAGAGGCUACUGAGGAAUGGUUAUAUGAUGAAGGAGAAGAUCAAGCCAAGAAAGUAUACAUUGAGAGACUAGCUGAUAUGAAGAAGCAAGGAGAUCCUAUAGUAGCAAGAAUGAGAGAGUUUGAGUUUCGUGAUUCUUCCUUUAAUGAACUUGGUCAUGUGGUGGUUCGUUAUGAAAAAAUACUUAUGGAAUAUGAGCAAGGAGAUGAGAAAUAUAAUCAUUUGUCCAAGGAAGAUAUGGAAAAAGUGCAAGAAGCUACAACUGCAAAGAGAGAAUGGAUGAACAGCAAAAUGCAAGCGCAACAAAAAGUUCCUCUCACUGCUGAUCCUGUUGUUAAAGUUUCUGAAAUUACAAUGGCAAAAGAGAAUCUGUACGCUAUUGUCAAUCCCAUCGUGUCUAAACCCAAACCUAAAGUUGAACCACCAAAAGAUGAUCAAGCUGUUGAAGGUGAAGGAGGGGAUGAAACAGGAAAAGAAGAGAACAAAACUGAAGAUAAAAUGGAGGAUGUACCUCCAGCACCUGCUGAUCCUCCAGUAGAAGACAUGGAUGUUGAUUAAAACAUUUUGAACCUUUUCAUGACUUGUUAUUUAAAUUAUUGUUUGACGCUACUGUAGAAAAUACUGUUUUGAUAAUUAUUAUUAUUAUUAUUGCUCUAGUGCACUGUUGAUGAUAUUAAGAGUAGAUCUACUCUUGAUGACACUAAA